CAGACGGGCUUCUAGCCUGCUUCAAGCACAUAGACCAAGUUCAAGCAUUGAGAAUAAAUAGUUCAAGCAUUGCACAAACUUGACAAACUUGGCACACAACAAUCUCAGCUAGCAUGGCGGAUGACAAGGUUGGUUCGCUCGAAGAGGAAGCCUUCAAAAGGAAAGAACGGUUACAAGCGCUAAAAAGGAAGAACGAAGAACACAAAGAGCAAGAACCUGUUGAGCCUGCGAAUCUACCGAAGCCUAAAUUUCGAAGUUACAAACCCCAAGAUGAAAGUCUGAAAGAAAAGUUAUUGGAUGAUGCCAAACCAGGAGAUAUUGAGAGUGAGGUUAAGGAGCAAUUGAAUGCUGCAAAUGCCAAAGUCGUCAUCGAGGAACUCGAUAUAAGUAGUUUGGCACCCCGUAAACCAGACUGGGAUUUGAAGAGAGAUGUAGCCAAGAAGUUAGAAAAAUUAGAGAGGCGGACACAGAAAGCAAUAGCUGAACUGAUACGUGAAAGAUUAAAACAAGGUCAAGAAGACCUUGCAUCUAUAGUAAAUAUGGCACCAAUCAAUUCUUCCAAACUGAAAAAACCGACCAGGUCUAAUGAAGAAGAAUAGUAACUUAGGAUAUGUUCAGUGAAACAAAUAACUCUUGAAACUUGAUUAUCUUUUCUAUCUGCUGGUCACGCUGGCAACUGCCAAGAGCUUCCACAGUAGGUGUUCUCAAAUGAGGUUAACUCAUAAAUACAUCGUUGGUUUUACUGUGGAGUGAGAUUGAGACCGUUUUUUUCGGUUUUUUAUUAUAUUAGUCCCAUUGAACCAUGACGUCCACAAAACCUGCAGGUGAAAGUUCUCACACCAGCACGAGAGAAUUUUCACUCGUUAGUUAGUUAAUCGACUAUUUACGUUUAUCCAGUAAAAUUUUUUUCCAUGUAGGUAUUACAAUCGAUUUAUUUGACACUUAAAUUAUAGAAAGUCGGACUACUAUACUUUCUACCUAUGUUUUUGCUAACUGAUAAUAAUUUAUAGUUCAAUUUUACUCACUAUAAAUGAGUGAUAAAUUGAUCGCGAUGUCAUCUAGUUGGUAUCUAUGAAGUAAAAUGGUAUGACGGAAUAUCGAGACCUAUGGACAGAAGGAUAUAUAUAGUAUAGGAUUAGGUACAUCAACCGGAAUAAAUUUAUUUGUAUAAUACUUGUACGAGAAACCCGGAAAUUUAACGCACUGCUGUACUCUAUCUCUAUCUCUUUUUAUCUUUCUUUGUAUCACUUUAGUUUGCGGUCAAUAAAAUAUGCGCUUACGUAUUA